ACCCCAGUAGAAGUGUUCCCGCCCCAGCAAUUGAAAUUGCCCUCCCUUUCGCUCGUCAAUCCCCCCCCUCCUGAUUUUUUUUCAUUUCCAAACCCUUCAAAAAUCAAAACCCCCAAAUCCAAAUCCACCCAUUUUCUCUCUCCUUCCCCCUUUCCCCUAAAUAUUCGUUUUCCGCGCGAAUUCGCCAUCACUCAAAUCUCCGAUUGUCGCUUGUUUUCAGGCUUUCUCUCUCUCAAGUUUGAUUUUGUUGUAUAAAUUUUUGAUUAGGGUUUCAAAAGCAAAUCGAUUUCAAAUUUUGGUACUUUCUAGGAAAUCGUUGUUUAGAUUAAACUAAUGGGUGAGGAUAAAUCUGGAAAGAGCGAAAAUCGUCCAGCACUGGGUAAUAUAACAAAUCAACUUGGAAAAAGAGGGUUUUCUUUGAUUUCUCGCAGUCCACCCUCUAAAUCCAAGAGCUGUAAUAGUCAAAAUACUGAUGAUACAGUCAGCGAUUCCAAUUUCUGGAAGCAAGUUUCUUUGGUUGUUGAGAAAUUAGAAAACGAAAGAAGCGGUUCUUCCGCCAAAUGCCCUAAGAUUACUAAUGAAGUUGGGUUGUCGCCUUUGAGAGGCGGUAAGACCUAUCGAUUACUUAAUACUCCUGUCCGUUCUCGAAAGAGUUUGCCUGAUGUUUCUCAUGAGACUAAGGAGCCUUCUAGUUCUGCGUUAGAUAAUAUAGAUUUGGAUGCUGUUAAUGUGGGUGAGAGUUUGAAGGAAAGUCGUGUUCCGGAGGUGAAAUCCGGUGAGGACUUAAGGGAUUGUGUUGAGGGUGGAAAGGAAUACCAAGGUGAGGAAACUAGAGAAACUCCUGAUGUUGCAGAAAUUGGCAGCACUAAUGAAGGUUUGGAAACCCGAGUUGUGAGUGACAAUGGAAGGGAUGUUGGUGUUGAGUGCUUGACAACUAGUCAAUCUGAAUCAGCCGUGAGUUCGAGAUUGAACGCGUCCCAGGAGUUGAAAGGAUUUGGAUUAGAGAGAUGCACGGCAUUGAAAGGGGGUGAUGAUGGCUGUAGUUUGGAUGGUGGUAUUGACUCAUUGAAGAAUUGCUCAUGUUCAUUUUGCAGCAAAGCUGGUUAUAUAUGGUCUGAUCUGCAUUAUCAGGAUGUCAAAAGCCGAAUAUCAAUAAUGGUGAAAAGUCAAAAGGAAGCUAGCAAUUUGGUACAAAAAUACUCUGUGGAAAAUGAAAUUGGCAGCCACACCCAAGAGAGCUUCAAUAAUGUCGCCCAAUUAGAAACUGAUCUCACGAGUCAUUGGAGAUCACUAUUUCUUCACAUGGAGGAUAUGUUCGGUAGUGAAGGCAGCCAACUACAAAACAAUUUUCUUGCUCUGAAGGAUUUAAGAGAUGACUAUAAGAUGAAUUUAGAGAUGAUAAAUGGAAUGCCUUCGGAUGUGCAGCAAUGUUCUUCAGAUGGUUCUGAUCAUACAAUAGUUUAGGAAGUUUGGUCUUUGCAGGUCUGGCCCUUUCUACCCCCUUGUCUCAAUUUAGAAUUGUUUUAGUAGCCUGAAUCACAUCCCUGUGUUAUGUCAUUAGCGUGUCUGUAGUUGUGUAUCAAUGUAAUACGUAUACUACAAACAAAGACUUCUGGCAGCAACACAAUUUGCAAAAGUUGAUCGUAGAAGCUAUGUUUCAGAUCUAUGUUACCAUGUAUAUUUGGCCCUCUAUGAAAAAGCUUCAAUUACAUUGAAUAACAUUCCAUUUCACCCUAACCACCCUGAUAUAACACGAAUUCUAUUGGAAGGUUCAAGUAUUGAGCUAAUGAAUGCUUUUA